AUAGUAAUCUACGGGUGAAACGAGGAUCCCAUGGUACUUACAGUACGAAGCAACCUUCCUCAUCUCACCACUACUAGUACUCCUAGGUUUCCGUAUCGUUCCGUUACUGUUGAACUCGAACCAGUGCAACGGAAUAUACUCAGAAGACCUGAAAAUGCGUCGGCUUCCGACGCCGUUGGCGGCGUCUCACAAGCAGCUCCGACUUCUCUUCUCCCGCCGCUGCUUCACUUCAUCUUCACCACCACCGCAUCCACAACCCCACCGCCUCCUCCACCCUCACCUCCCUCUCUCUAAACCCUCCUUCCCCACAACCCACUCUCUCUCUCCACCAUUCUCUCUCCCCUCCAGAUUCUUCUCAUCCCACCCCGACCCCAACCCAGAUACCGAAGAGCAUCUCGCCCUCGCCCAAUCUCUCUCCUCCGAGCUCCUCAAAGACCCGACCACGGACCCUCUCUCUCUAACCCAACGCCUCGACCUCAGCUUCUCUCAUGUUAAACUAACCCCUUCUGUGAUCCUCCAAACCCUCGACCUCUCACCCGGCGCCGGCCGCGCCGUCCUGGGGUUUCACAAAUGGGCCUCCAGCAGGCCCGAUUUCAAGCCCGACGACGAGACGCUGUCCCACUUCGUAAAUUACUUGGGCCGCCGGAAGGACUUCAAGGCCGCCCACGAUGUUCUGGUCGCCGGCCGCGGCGUUUCCGGGGCGAAAACGCUGGAAUCGGCCAUCGACCGGCUGGUUCGGGCUGGCAGGCCGACUCAGGUAACCUCAUUCUUCGAAAAGAUGGAGAAUGAUUAUGGGUUUGCUCGUAACAGUGAGUCAAUGAAGUUGAUUGUCACAAAAUUAUGUGAAAAUGGGUUUGCGAGCCAUGCUGAGAAAAUGGUGAAGGGUUGGGCAAACAAGUUUUUUCCUGAUGAUUACAUAUGUGAUGUGCUAAUUAAGGGGUGGUGUGUUGAUGGGAAGCUUGAGGAGGCGAGGAGGUUAGCGGGGGAGAUGUAUAGAGGAGGGUUUGAGAUUGGUGUUGUGGCUUAUAAUGCCAUUCUUGAUUGUGUGUGUAAGCUUUGUAGGAAAAAGGACCCCUUUCGGCUUCAAUCAGAAGCAGAAAAGGUGUUGGUUGAUAUGGAUGUCGCGGGUGUUCCCUGCGAUGUGGAAACGUUCAAUGUGUUGAUCACUAAUUUGUGUAAAAUUCGUAAGACGGAAGAUGCGAUGAAUUUGUUUCAUAGAAUGGGUGAGUGGGGAUGUUAUCCAGAUGAGACAAUAUUUCUUGUUCUAAUUAAGAGUUUGUAUCAGGCUGCAAGGAUUGGAGAGGGAGAUGAGAUGAUCGAUCAGAUGAAAUCAGCUGGAUUCGGGGAAGCUCUUGAUAGGAAGGCGUAUUAUGAGUUUCUUAAAAUUUUGUGCGGGAUAGAGAGAAUCGAUCAGGCUAUGAGUGUUUUCACGAAGAUGAAGGAUGAUGGUUUUAGUCCUGGGAUUAAGACAUAUGACCUGUUGAUGGGGAAGUUGGUUGCUCAUGGCCGUGUGGAUAAGGCAAAUGCUUUGUUUAAGGAAGCUGAAAGCAGUGGGGUUCCAGUGGAGCCCAAAGCGUACAAAAUGGAUCCCAGAUUUGUGAAGAAACCUGUUGUUUUGAAGAAAGAGAAGAAACGUGAGACAUUGCCGGAGAAAAUGGCAAGGAAGAGGAGACGCCUUAAGAAAAUCCGAUUGAGUUUUGUGAAAAAGCCAAAACGGGGUAUGCGACGGGCUUAUUGAUCUUCUCCGAGUUUUGUUUGUAUCUUGUUGCAACGAUCUGAGUGGUAUGGUUUCAAUCCGGUAGAGUGCCUUUGUAGAACUUUGAUUAUUUACUUUUUGCGCUGCUGCUUGUUUCAGUUAUACUGCUGGCAAAACUAGAAUUAGAAACAAAUCCAGUGGAUGGGUUAAUUCUCUUCAUAUAAACGUCCAUGUGUUUGUCUAAAGAACAAGCACAUAGGCAGGGCAUGUUUCAGCUGCCAAAGCUUGAUUUUCUGUAGAUUUGAGCUUUCUCCUCUGCCAGAUUGUGCCAAAUUCUGCAGGGUUUCCUUUGAUAUUCAUGUCUAUUCUAGUCAUCAUCUAUUGUUAUGAUUUUGUCUCCUUACAUGGCACAAUUUUUAGUUCCAAUACAUGAGCUUUCUUCU